CCCAGCGCGGUUACGCCCCUCGUGCCGCCGCGUUCCCCUCGGCUCCCGAAGUCCCAGCUAGCCUAGCCCGGCGCGCACCGAGGAGCUGCGGGCCCGGAGCAGCCGCCGCCCGACCCGGCCAAAAGCAGCGAGAGAGAAACUGGGCCGGUCUACCACCUUAAUAAGCUGUGUGGAGUAAAAUGAAUGAUUUUGGAAUCAAGAAUAUGGACCAGGUGGCCCCUGUGGCCAACAGUUACAGAGGGACACUCAAGCGCCAGCCAGCCUUUGACACUUUUGAUGGGUCCCUGUUUGCUGUGUUCCCGUCACUAAAUGAAGAGCAAACACUCCAAGAAGUGCCAACGGGCUUGGAUUCAAUUUCUCAUGAUUCAGCCAACUGUGAAUUGCCAUUGUUAACACCGUGCAGCAAGGCUGUGAUGAGUCAAGCCUUAAAAGCCACCUUCAGUGGGUUCAAAAAGGAGCAGCGCCGUCUUGGCAUCCCAAAGAGCCCUUGGCUGUGGAAUGAACAACAAGUGUGCCAGUGGCUCCUGUGGGCCAUCAAUGAGUUCAGCCUGAUGAACGUAAACCUCCAGCGGUUCGGCAUGAAUGGCCAGGUGUUGUGCAACCUGGGCAAAGAGCGCUUCCUGGAGUUGGCACCUGACUUUGUGGGCGACAUUCUCUGGGAACAUCUGGAGCAGAUGAUCAAAGAAAACCAAGAAAAGACAGAAGAUCAAUAUGAAGAAAACUCACACCUCAACUCAGUUUCUCAUUGGAUUAACAGCAAUACAUUAGGCUUUGGUAUGGAGCAGACACCAUAUGGAAUACAGACCCAGAGUUACCCCAAAGGCAACCUCCUGGACAGCAUGGCAUCCACGGCGCCCAGUGUGCUCAAUUCUGAGCAAGAGUUUCAGAUGUUCCCAAAGUCUCGGCUCAACACUGUUAGCGUCAACUAUUGCUCUGUCAGCCAAGACUUCCCGGGCAGCAACAUGAAUCUGCUCACCAGCAGUUCUGGGAAGCCGAAAGAGCACGAUACUCCUGAGAAUGGUGCAGACAGUUUCGAGAGCUCAGACUCACUGCUACAGACCUGGAACAGCCAGUCAUCCUUGCUGGAUGUGCAGCGGGUACCUUCUUUUGAGAGCUUCGAGGAUGAGGGCAGUCAGUCCCUCUGCCUCAAUAAACCAACCAUGUCUUUCAAGGACUACAUUCAAGAGAGGAGUGACCCGGUGGAGCAAGGCAAACCAGUUAUACCUGCGGCUGUGCUGGCUGGCUUCACAGGAAGCGGACCUAUUCAGUUGUGGCAGUUUCUCUUGGAGUUGCUCUCCGACAAGUCCUGUCAGUCAUUCAUCAGCUGGACAGGGGACGGAUGGGAGUUUAAGCUUGCUGACCCAGAUGAGGUGGCCCGCCGAUGGGGAAAGAGGAAAAAUAAGCCCAAGAUGAACUAUGAGAAGCUGAGCCGGGGUUUACGCUACUAUUAUGACAAGAACAUCAUCCAUAAGACGUCGGGGAAGCGCUAUGUGUACCGCUUCGUAUGUGACCUCCAGAACUUACUGGGGUUCACUCCUGAGGAACUGCAUGCCAUCCUGGGUGUCCAGCCAGACACAGAGGACUGAGUUCUCUGGGACCACUUUGAGCCGGCCAUUGGCCGUGGACUGUGAAUGGGAGGCCUGUCCUGCCUAACUGCUCCAAGGACCUAGGAAAGGUGGGACUGAAUACGUCCGGGAAAGUCGCCAAGAAGCAGUGGCCUUAUUUCAUCCCAAACCACGCCUUUGACAAGGCUGUCUCCCUGAUGGCAGGAGGCAGUGAGAAUAGCCAAGAAAGGGGCAGUGGAGAGCCAUCCUGGCUGAAGCAGGCCAUAUGUCGGGAUGGUCCGGGCUGUUUGAGAUUCUCAAAGGAGUGAGCAUGUCAUGGACGCACACAAACAUUUUAAAUUUUAUUUUGCUUUUUGCAAGUAGCAAAUGAAAAAGCCAUCUCAUUUGAGUGGGAUAGGAGACUGGGAAGGAAACAAUCAUGCCAUUUCAGAAGUUAGUUUGUAUAUAUUAUUAUAAUCUUAUUGUUAUCAGAAUUCUCUUUAACAGUCCUAUUUAACAAAUUGUAUAUUGUAAUUUAAAAUAAUUAUAUAACUAUAUUUGAAUUAAGAAUACAAAUAUCCAAUGCUUUAUUUCAUUUUUCAAUAGCACAUAUGGCAUUUUACAAAGACUUGAUCUGCCAAGGGCAGGCUUAAGAAGUGAGGUGUAUAUUUACAUGUAAUAUACCUACAGGAUUAAGGUCUAAGGGGCAAUCCCUGUUUGUUUUGUUUUGUUUUUUUGUUUUUGUUCUUGUUUUUGUUUUUGUUCUUGCCUUGGUUAGUAUCUGGCAAGAACUUUGUAUACUUGGAAAUUUUUAUAAGAAACUUAAUGUUAUUAUCUAGGGGUACAUUUGGCCUCUGCUUUCUCCUUUAAUUGUACAGUAAAAACUAUAAAGCAGUAUUUUUCUUGACAAAUGGCAUAUGUUUUCCACUUCUGUGCAUGCUUAAGUCAGUUUAUACAUACCAUAUUUUAUUUUGUAUUUUACUAUGUUUCCCUGACAACUCACCUCUCCCUGACCAGCCAUUUCCUUCCUGUGCCCAAGUUAUUCUGUAGGAUUAAAAAUAAGAAUACUAUUUUUGGAAAUAUGUGACUCCUUUUCAGAGAUCAGGAGGAAUUUAUGUAGCAGCUAUUUUUUACUGCAAAAGUAAUUCACUGGAAAAAAUGUAAUUUGUAAAAAAGUUUUAUUUUUAUCUCAGCUCCAUGUAAAGUUACACAUAUUGUACAGAGCUGAGGGUGUGUGUGUGUGGGGGGGGGAGUGUUAAACCUCUUAAACAUUAGGGAAAUGUGUCCUGCACUGUCUUUGUUCACCUGUUGUGUCUUGGGCUAUCAGGAUAGCAUGCUGCUUCUAUCAGCUCCAUGUCCACAGCAAGAUUAUUCUUAUUUUCCUGGACAUAAGACUCAGAGACACAGAGAGUGUCAGCAAGAUGGGAAAUGAAGCCUUGGGAUAGCUCAUUUGAAGCAAGAAUUUUUAUAAAGAUGAGGACUUUUACCUGAGCCAACUGUGUAUUCCUGGCAUUGAUAAAUGACCCAGUCAAAUUGGUUUAGAAGUUCUACAGAUUCUCCUGUUUCUUGGCAGUGUAGCUUUGGACCAGUGCCAACAUCUCUUUAGAAUCACCUUGUGGGGAGACCAUGUUGUUUAGAGACAGGGUAGGCUGUGAGGAACAAAGCCAGAGGUAGGACAAUGCAGCCUCGAUUUCCAAAAAAAAAAAAAAGACAAUUUCCAGUGGUUUUACACAAAGGAUGUUUGUCUCAAGUGCAACCUUUCUAUCACUUGGACAUCUGGGUAUAAUAAACAGACAAACAGAUACGUGACUGAAAACAUCUUGCUGCUUAGAGAAUUUGGAGCCAUCAACUCAUGUAUGAAGUUGAGGCUAUGAAAUUACCAAUGUGAGACUGAUCUUUAAUUACGAAGAUGGCAGUUUCAUAGGGUUCAAGCUAUGAAUUAUAGUAACUAAAGUCCUUAGGAGCCUUUAGCAUGGUAACGAACAGAUCUUUGGCAUAAAAUUAUGUAAAUUGGCCUUAUUUCCCAAACAAUAAAGUAUUUUGUUUAUA